AUGUCACAAGAACAACGUCCAUCUGGAGCAGCUGCAUCAAAGAAAAUCCGAAUGACAAUGGCCUGUGAGCGAUGCAGAUCAAAGAAAGUCAAGUGUGAUUUUGCUCAUCCUGCAUGUUCUCGCUGUCAGCAAGCUAAAGCAACAUGCUCUUACAAUGGAUCAGCAACACAAGUCGAUCUCUUCAACCUUGUCAAGCUCAAUGAGACGGUUGAUAUGCUUCAACGCCGUGUGCAAUCGAUCGAGAGUGAUAUGAAAGAUGUAUCGACCAACACUCGCUACGUAGCCGAUGAAUUCCGAAUGACUCGAUCGAAUGAUACUCCUCAUCGUCUCUUUACAUCAUCUGCCACUGCUACCAAUUCAUCAUCAUGUGUAUUACCAUCCUCGUCAUCAUCAUCAUCAUUAUCAUCAUCAGCCUUAUCUUCCUCGUCACAUCCACAAUGGACACUUUCUCUCACGCCCAAUGGUUUACGUAUUGAUACGAAUGUCAUUUCGAUUCAUGCAUUGUAUGAUAUGCUCCUUGGUUGUAUCUCUCCUCAACUUCAACAACAACAACAACAGCAGCAGCAACAACAACAACAACCGCCAGCAUCAUCAUCUACACCCAUCGACAGCAAAACCAGUAUUCAUAGUGCAUGCAGCCAUGAUUCACCAGAGGUCUCUUCACCCACAUCUUCGUCAUCGAGUAAUGCGGUACCAUUGGAUGCAUCAACGACGACGCUUGUACGAAAAAAGAAUUUAUGGAAGACGAGACUCAAGACGUUUCCAUUGUACAGCACUUGGGAAGCACAAUCGAAUGAUGACAAACAACAACAGCACAUAACAUCGGGGCUUGACAAUCAAGGAGAUCUUUAUGAUUUGAUGUCGGAUGAGAUGUUUUCGAUAUUGAUUGAGAUUUACGACGAAUGCAUGUUGAUGCUCCCAUGUGUUGAUCCAGCAAACUCAGUCGUUGAGCGAUACAAGCGGGGUUCACUUGAUCCAUUACUUUUGAAUGCUGUCAUGUGUUGGACAGCUCGACAUGCGGCUGUACAUCACAAUCUAUUCCCGGGUCAAGAUCCAAACAAAGUGGGUGAACCUUACUUUGCCAAGGCCAAAGAAUUGCUCAAGGAACGCUUUGCAGUGACGGAUGUGGAUACGAUGCAUAGUCUCUUGAUCAUGUAUGUUUAUGCCAUUGGUCGUCGUGGUUGUGAAUCAGAAGCAUACAUGUACCUUGGCUUGGCUAUUCGCAUGUGUCUUGAUAUGAAAAUGUACCGUGAACCUGAACCAACAUCAGAGAUUGAUCCACUGAUUCGUGAAAGAGAUCGACGUUUCUUUUGGGCUAUUUACUUUUUGGAAACAUUAUGCAGCAUUCAUUCCGAUCGACCCUUUUCAUUGCCACCCGAGGAUGUUGUGACAGUGUCAUUCCCAGAUGCUAUGGAUCAUGAACAAGGUGAAAGACGAUGGCGUGUGAUGUUCAUCAAUCAACGUUUCCGGAUCACUCGCAUUUAUCGCAACAUCAUUCAUACGACGGCUCAAGAUAGUCCAUUGCUAGCAUCUAUAUCAAGCCUCGAUAGGGAAUUACAAGAUUGGUAUGAUCAGCUGCCAACAGAGUUCAAGUAUGUUCCAGGACAAGAUCUUCAUCGUCGUGAUUGGAGCAGCACUUCUUUUCGGGAACAAGCUUGUCUCAAGUUGAAUUGGGAAUUUCAUUUCCAGAUCUCUCAGCUUUAUAGUCUCUUUGCUUCACGAUCUUCAUCAUCAUCGUCAUCUUCCUCAUCCGCCGUGGGUGGUGCUGAUAUUCCAACAAGCGCCUCUUCAGCUAUCGAUUUGCUUGCACAAAAACGAUGUUUACAAGCCGCUGAUGUAAUGGUCGAGUUACUUGAAUGCUUUGGUCGAUUGAAUCAACGUUGGUGCCAUUUCUCGCUUGAAACUAUCAUGGUCCCUGCUAUGAUCUAUCGGCUCUUCCUCAGCCGCAUUGGCAACGAUGAAAGGAGUGAAGAAAGCAGGCAAUGGUUUAAGCAGCAACUAGAACGUAUCGUGCGCAUCCUUACAUCAUCACCAGUGAGACAACACAAAUACGUCGUAGCCUUUGUCAACAAAGUCGAGCGAUUAUUGACUGAGCAACAAGUUGAAGAUCUCGAUCUUAGUGAGGAACACGAAGCGGCAACAAAAGCAUCAUCUUUAGACAACCAAACAUCAACACCAACGCAUCAAGAUGUGAUGACUACAGCAACCACAGAGUCAGUGACCACAACCACAACCACAACCGCCACAGCAUCAAUAGCAGCACCUUCGACGAGUGAAAUGUUUAGCAACAUGAUCAAGGAACCAGCUGCAGCACCCUUAGGAGGAAUGAUGUUUAGUGAUUUCUUUGGUACUGGUCCACCUGGCACGCUUCAAGACAUGCUACAAACCACACCUCCACCUGUAGCACCUUCCGUUGCUUCAGUGGUGAGCGGAUUUGGUACUGUUAUGGAUGAGAGUCAAUUUGCACACAUGACAACGCCUAUGGAUUAUUAUUCAGCCUCGCCAUUCCCAGUAACAGCAGCAGCAGGUGGAAGUGCAAGGUGGAGUAACCAUAACACCCCAUCACCAAUGCAACAUCACCAACAACAACAACAACAACCACAUCAACCACAGCCACAUCAUCAACAAUCGCCACCCACUGUGACACCAUUUGCCCAACCGAAUUAUCAUCACCAUCAUCAUCCAUUAACUUCGUCAUCCUCGUAUCCUGCGACGAUACCAUUACAACCGCCCAAUGCAGGUCAUAAACGACUUCAUGACGAGCAAAUCAAGGGUCCAUUCCAGUUCUUCGGCUAA